GUGUUCAACUUCCAGCCUCGUGGCGGCUUCAAGGAUGAGCACGGGUGCUUGCCCGACCAGGCGAAGGCGAUGACUUUGCGAGUGACGAACGCUAAGGGCGAGGAUUCCUUCGGAGUGGUGGCCCUACAGGACGAGGCGAAGCCACCGACGCUCAGGGCCACGACGACGAGACGGCUCGUUCGCAGGAUUCCGAUUCUGAAGCCAGAGAAGAACUUCUACAAAGCCCAGCCCAACACCCUCUUCGAGAACCUGCCCAAUGAUCGGGCACGCGCGCGCGGGCAGACAUUUGGCAACAAGUACCAGCCCAAGGCCAAGAAGUUCAGCGCCUACUCCAAAAAGUGGAUCAAGGCUCAUGUGAAGAAGAACUUCUCGAAGGCGAAGGGCUUGCGCCGCCGCGUGGAAGGAUGGGGCCCCGAGCACGACGACGACUCCAUGGGCGACUGCAGCGGCGAUGCUGGAGGGCCCGAGGAUGGUGGAGACAACGCCGCGGCCUCUGCGGCUUCUUCAGCGGCUGCCGCCCCCGCAGCCGCGGUGGCAGCGGCCUCGGGGCACAAGACGAAGGCUGGAAUCGCACCUUCCGUGGCCGACUCUACGGGGGCGCAGCUUGGUGACAGCGAGGGCCGCUUGAAGCCUCCAGAGUACUGGUGCGCCGCUGUUGCCACGUCCAAGGCGUUCGCCAGCGCGGCCUUGAAGAAGAACGUUGCCUGGGCGAAGGACUGCGUCGCGCGCUUGGCAACCCAGGGCGAGGCGGUGGCGGCGAACUACCUCUCUGAGCACAUCGCGGCGGUGGAGUUGUCCAUGCAGCUGAUGCGCGACCUUGGCAACGACACCUACUCCUUCGACGACUUGAAGGGCGCCUUGACUGAGCUCGUCGACGCGAAGGCGGGCUUCGAUUCCAACAUCAGGAGCAAGCUCCUUGGGAAGAGGCUGCGCUCGUCUGUCAACGCCUUCGGGAAGGAGGAAUUCGACGAAACUGCCAUCUGUGAGCUCGCAUCCGUCAUGAUGCCGUUCAAGGCUGGCCAGCGCGCAGCCGACGAAGACGCGGUCUUGGAAGGCACCGGGGUCACGGAACUGAUGACGGCGCGCGCUGAGGAGGAUUUCGGCCCGAUCAAUGUGUCCAUGGCAACGCUCGUCGGCACGAUGGAGUACAAGUUCGCGCUGCUGCUGACGGUGCUCUUGAAAGAGAUCAUCCCUGCGGUCAGUUCGCGACAGGCGUUGAGAAGGAAGCCCAAAAUCCCAACGGCUGCCGUCGAUGCGCUGAACGUGCUCCGCGUCAUGUGCGCCCUCUCCGACCAAACUGCCAACGUGGACUUCGAGGUGCUGGAGGAGUUCUACGCCGUGCGUGCCAAGAAGACCAAGGGCGCGCUUGCGGAUCUAGGCGUCGUGCUCCAGUUGAACGAUCAGUGGAAGCCGCUCUACGAGGAGUUGCAUCGCACCCUGCAGGGCGCCAAGGAGUGA